AUGGAUCUCAAGCCACAGAAUAUUCUCAUUUCAUCCAAGAUUUGUGGCAAUCAGUGGCGAAAUGUUGUCCUAAAGAUCGCUGACUUUGGUUUUGCGCAAUACUUACGCCCCGAAGACUCGGCCACUUCUCUCAGGGGUUCGCCUCUAUAUAUGGCGCCAGAAAUACUCCUCCGAACCAAAUAUGACGCGAGUGUUGACCUCUGGUCCGUCGGUAUUAUUCUUUACGAGUGUCUCUUCGGAAGCGCUCCCUUCAGCUCAGAGAGCAUAGAAGAGUUAACUCAAAAGAUCAAAAGUCCGGAACCGAUCAAAAUUCCCACAAAUAUUGAUAUUUCAGACAAUUGUAGAGAUAUUUUAGCCAAACUUUUGCAAAGAGAUCCACGAAAAAGGAUCUCAUUUGACGAGUUCUUUGGCCAUCCAUUUAUCGAUUUAGAGCACAUGCCGUCCUCCGAGUCGUACACCAAAGGCGUUCAACUAAUACGAGAAGCCGUUGACAAUGACUUAAAAGGUCAUUAUAACGAGUCUAAAUUUGAGAUAUGGCUUCCGGAAGUCAUAAACCAAGGGCAGAUAUUUACCCCGCUGCCUAGGUGA